AUGCCAAACACUCCACAGUCUAACCUUGAAGCAAUAUUGAGUGGUGAAGCACCACCAAUAGAUGAAGAAGAAUACGUCCCAGGUACCAUACAUUUGAUUGAUCUAGGUAAUGCCCUAAAUGUGAAGAAAGAGUCCAACUCGAAUAUAAUUUUGCAACCUCAGCCAAGUUCGAAUAUAAAUGAUGUUUUGAGAUGGUCUCAAAAGAAAAAGAAGUUUCAAUUUGCUUUAACCUGGACUUGGGCUUUCAUAAUUGCAGUUGUCUGGUAUGGGCCAUAUUAUACAAUAUGGAUGGAGGAAUUUUCAACCGACGUGAAUCAUUUGAAUCUUUUGAGUGCUGCUAUGUUACUCGGAUUAGCAUUUGGGUGUAUUUUUUUGCAACCUCUUGCCAUGAAAUAUGGGAGAAGAGGUAUUUACUUGUUCUGUACCCUUUUGGCUAUCAUGGAUAAUGCUCUUGGGUCACAAGCAAAAAACUUCAAUUACAUUAUCGGUUCAUUUAUGAUAAGUGGGAUCAGUGGAGCUCCAUGUGAUUCUCUUGUUCCAAUCAGUAGUACUGAUGUUUUUUUUAUUCACGAAAGAUCGAAAUACAUAUCCUUAAUGGUCUUGGCCCUAUAUGCUGGUUCAUUUUUGGGUCCAGUUGUUGGGGGAUACAUUCCGACGUGGAAAUGGUGUUUUUAUAUUGAAGUGAUUUUAAUGUCAGUUUUAUUUAUUGUUUUAUUUUUCUUAUUAGAGGAUACUACUUUUGAAAGAGUCAAAGAUUCUGGGGAAAAAGAGAUUUUAGAACAAAUUAAAAGCCACGAAACAAUCUUACAAGCAAUUCAAACAGGUGAGCUUACUGAAGCCCAAGCCCAAAAAUUUGGUGAAAAUAUAAAAACACAAGUAAGCUCCCUAGAUGGAAAUACUAGUGAAAAUGAUGCGUCAAGUAUCGAUCCGACUAUUCCAAAAAGGUCUUAUGCUCAGAAAUUAAAGGUAGUCGAAUUAGAAUAUAAUGAUAAAAGGCCAUUCAUUACCAUUUUCACCAGACCAUUUUUGUUAGUUGGAUUUCCAGCUUUGAUUUGGGGUGGAUUUGUUUAUGGUGCUCAAAUUAUGUGGUUAUCUCUUUUGAAUAAUACUCAAUCGCAGAUUUUUACUGGAAUAUACGGGUUUUCCACUUCCAAUACUGGUUUAACUAAUUUAGCACCAUUUGUCGGUAGUAUAGUGGGUACAUUUUAUGGUGGUAAUUUUGUUGAUUGGCUUUCUGUUAAAUUAGCAGAACGCAAUCAUGGUGUAUUUGAACCUGAAUUCAGACUAUAUGCAAUGGUUGUCCCUACGAUUCUUAAUUCUUGCGGGUUGAUUGCUUACGGUGUUGCUGCAAAUAACAAGGCCGCUUGGGAAAUUCCUGCUAUCAUUGGUGGAGGAUUUUUGGGGUUCUCUAUGAGUGCCUCUGGCCCAAUUUGUUUAUCAUAUGCUGCUGAUUGUUAUGCUGAAUUAGCAAGUGAAAGUAUGGUGUUGAUCUUAUUUGUUAGAAACAUACUAGCUUGCGGGUUUACAUUUGGUAUGCAACCAUGGAUCGAUAAAUCGGGGUUGGUUGGAACAACUUGGCUUAUGUUUAUGAUGGCCACUAUAAUUAACGGUAGUUUUAUAAUCAUGAUUAUAUACGGAAAAUCCUUUAGAAGGAUGACGAAAAAAUAUUAUUAUAAAUUGUCUGACCCAAAUUAUACACCUUUUAAGUUUUUUUAG